AUCCGACCUACUUCUUCUUCAGCAGGACAGAAAAAUUCCUUCGCCAACUUGUAAAUAAUUUUGGUUCCUUUUAUACUGAAUCUUUUCAACUUUCCUCACGGCUCGCUUUACGUAGUCAGAAGAAACCAAUCGUAAUUAUCAAUCUCUUGCUCCUCAUCUUUUCUUCUAUAAUACAGUUUCCUUGUUCUUCUAGAAUAUCUUAGACCAACCGUCCUUCUACCUACAACAUCAUACAGCAUCAUCAAUUUUUCAUUGCUCAAUUACUCCUAGAAGUUCAUCCUUUCGUUUUUCUUUUUGUUCUUUACUUCUACUCUACGUGUUUUUGGCUCUUCAGUAGCCACUAGAGUCUGCUGGUUUACCUAGUGGACCCACACCCAACCUAACUAGGUCCAAUCCGAACCGACUAACAUCAUCAUCGCUUAGACACUACGCAUCCGAGAACUAACACACACUGAAGAAGGAGAAGAUGUUUGUCUAUCCUAAAAGUGGGGAAAACCUGUGGAGCCUGGUUCAAAAUCCGGACCCGGUGUUGCCCUGGCGCCGUACGUUGAGCAGUAGUGAUAUGUACCUACUUUCGGAAACGAAGAGGAGAUUCUUUGAUUCAGUUAAGGUGUGGGUCUGCCUCAUUUGUAUUUUCAAUUAAAGGGGUCUGCCUCAUUUGUAUUUUCAAUUCUAAAGACUCUUGGAUUUUUCAAUUAAAGGGGUCGAGGGAGCAUUGCGACAACGGUAUUGUGUUAGUACUCUUGCAACUGCUGAAUAAUUAUCUACCGAAGAAGUUCCUACCCCUCCUCUCUCUAAUCCCUCCGAUCCCCGUGAAGCGGUGAAGCUAUUACACCUGAAGCACGAAAGCGAAUCUCCGAGACAUGGCUGUUCCCGGGUCGUCACGAUAGAGGAUAAGCUGGAAUUAGCAAGAAAAGUGAAAAUAGCAAAUGGAAAUGCGAAGAAGAAGGUAGGUGUUACUUUUUUGCCAGCGAUAGAAGGUGGACACAAUGUUCAACGGAAAGGACAGGGACACAGAGGUAGGAACGGACAAGCCGCCAACGCGCCUUCAGCAAGUAGGACUGCAGCCAAGAAUCCUACUCCAUCCAAGCAGAAGAUGGGAAAGCUUUUAGCGUCUACCAUUGAAGCAUGGAACAAGGAGGACGAUGCCACAACUAUGGCACCACUGCAAGACGGUGAACUACGUGAAACACCACUACAUGGUAAAAAUACGGGCCUGCAAGGCAGUCGUGAAAAACAUGAUCAAGAAGGACCACCUACUUUGCCAAGAAAUGCAGUUCCUCGAAAUGCAGUCCCACCACUACCUAAAUUUGGUUCCUUCGGCUUUCCAGGCAGCGACGCGCUUGAUAGACUACCGCAUCGGAAAUUCUGUUCUCUUAAGAAUCCGCCUACUGGAGACGAACAGCUGCAUUAUGAUGAUGGGAAACGCUUGUCCCCAAGACGCUGGCACGAAAUGGACCGGUGUUUAUAUGAGACUGAUGCUGGAGAUGUAAACUGGGAUUUGCAAAUUGACCAUCGAUGGAACCGACCACGCUUAACCAACUCUUGGCUGGAAGGGCAUGCGCUCAACGUCGGAUACCACUUGCCCCACACGUUUGAGCAUGUCACAGGAGAAAAGUACUUCUUCUUUGGACAGGUUUGAUUGUUUGUAGGGGGCUGCCUUGAAAAAGAUAAAGGUACUAUGCGAGUAGUAUGUGAUCAUACGUCCAAUGUAGGUAUUAUCAGUCUAAACAAAACCACCCACAGGUCUGAAAACAUCUACGAACGGAAUACAAGGCGAUUUCACCACAGUUGGAUAAGGAAGUACCCAUUGCUGUCGGCAGUCAACAAGCCCAACUACGUUCCUGAGCCGAUUAUUGUGCCUGAUAAAAUCCGUCGAUUGAAACCAAAAAGACUAGCACCUAUCGGAGGAGGACCGAUUAUAUAGAUCGCUAUAGCAGACCUGUUGGAGCAGGACCGAUUAUAUAGAUUUCGCUAUGCUGUGCCAAUGCCGUGAAGCCCGACCAGCACCUAUCGGAGCAGGACCGAUCAUAUAGAUUUCGCUAUGCUGCGCCAAUUGUGGGAGAGACACGCGGAAGGAGCGACUAUCACGGACAGGUGAGCUGAACCCUUGUUAAUGGCGCGAUGGUUACAAUAUGGUGCAGAAAGCGGAGCUGAGGUGGCUGUCGUCUGAAGGUUUGGUUGACUAGAUUUUGUCCUAGGUGGGUGAGUAACAGCAAAAGAUACGGAACGACAACGUCCAAAAUUCAUUUUUCAAGAAAACUC